UGCUGCAGAGAAGUUUGAGAAAGUAUGGAAAAGAAGCCUUUUGUGGAGACUUGCAGUUUUUAACAGAAAGCCUGUGUUAGCCGUCGGCGAUGUGAAAUGUGACAUGCCAGGCAGGGAAGAUUAAGAAAACAUGUUAUUCGGCUGCAUAAUGGAAAAUGUAAAACCCAACGUUUUUGGAGUCUGCAAGCAGGAUACCUUUGCUGCUCCUUUUACGAGAGCUGUAACUGAAAAUUGUGGAGCACCUCUUUAAGAUCCAAUGUAUGGCUCAUGUCACGGUUUUAACGUGCUGCCAUGCAAAGAUUUUUUUACCUUUCAAAACGAUAAUUCAAUUCUUAAUGUCGUCAUUUUGUCACUUCAUACAUGGCCACUGUGUAAUGGGUUUAAAGACUAAUGUAGGUCAAUAAUGACUGAAUUCAAUAUUGCUGUUUUUUUCUCAACUGAAACAACCUACAUAUCCUGUGGAGGAUGUGGUGACACGUUUUGUGGCACAAAACCACAAGUGACAGACAGCAGGAACCAGAUUUGAGCACAUUUCCUGAUCAAAAUGUGUUUUUAUUUAAGACUGUUUAUUUAGCUGCCAUAUUUUUAUAUCGGGGACAUAUUAAAGCAGAAGCAUGAAUUAGUGGUUGUGUAUUUGCCCUGUAGAGAUGACGUGUCUCUGCCUGAGGGCGUGGAGCUGGUUGGCAGGAGCCUCGUAGUUCAGGGUCCUGUGGAGCAUCAGCAUGCUGGUCUGUAUGAGUGUGUCAUCUCUUAUCACCAUCUUGAAGCGUCGCUGCGGUUUAACGUCACCGUGAAAACUCCAGUUAUACAGUCUGUUCCUCCCACAAUUGAAUUGGUUGAUUUGUGGACCAAAGAUGGACGCCGGGUGAUUGAGUGCUCAGCAGCUGAUGCUGUUCCUGCAGCCAACGUGUCCUGGCUCCUACCAGAGGGUGUGUCAGAGGACUUUUGGUUCAAUUCCACUUCUCAGAAUGGAAGGCACUCUGUCAGGGGAGUUUUACUCCUCCCUGCCUGCUCGCCUCAGGAGCUCACUGCAGAGUGUGUGAUAAAUCAUCCAGCAUUUAAGGAACCAGAAAACAGAAGCAUAAUACUCCCUCUUUGCGCUCGGCCUAACAUCACCAUCAGCGCCAGCUCUGAGUGGAGAGACGGUCACAAGUACACAAAGGCAGACUGCUCUGCAGACACUGCUGCUCCUGCUGCAGCUAUAACCUGGCACGUUGGAAAUUCUGACGGCAACAUGAGCCAUGUGACGGAGGCUGAAGUCCAGGCUGAUGGUUUGAUAUCAGCGCGCAGCUCUGUGCACUUUAUGUCUUCUCUAUAUGCUGGUCAGAAUAUGACAUGCAUAGUGAAGCAUCCGAGCCUGGAAGCACCAGAAACAAGAACAAUACACAUUCCUGUGCACAAAGCCCCUCUGCUGAGUGUGUCGCUGGUGAGACAGCGAGACUCUCCUCUGUGGUUGGCAGUGUGCCGCUGCAGAGGGGUGCGUGUCGGAAAAAACCUCGCCUGGGUCCUUCCUGAAAAUGCCAAAAGUCAAACGUCCUUGCAUUCAGAAUAUGAAGGGCGCAUGCUGGAAGCCAGGCUGACUUAUCAGUUUCCUUUGGCCCUUCAUGAAGGUCAAGACCUGACCUGUGUGUACCAGUUUGAAAAUGGGAUCACAGAGAAGAAGACCUUUCAUGUCCCCAGAUACUAUAUCGCCUCUGUGAGAGUCCUGAACCACACGACUCCUCUGCAGAGCCGCUACAGUCCUCAGCCUGUUGUCUACAGACUGUCUGUCCACGAGAAUCAUCAGAACCAGAAAAUACUGCUCCACGUCGAAGGCAACGUGCCGGAGUACGAGCUCAGUUGCAAAAGGAGUGAUGGUUCAUUGGUCCCAAUGGAAGGAGCUGCAAUGAUCCUCCAGUCAGAGCUCACAGAUAAAGUCGUGUACACCUGCUGUGCGUCUUUCUAUCACCACACAGCAGCAGUCAGCAUUCAAGUAGAGGUGAUAAAUGAGGACGAACAGUUUGUGCUGGUAACAAUGAUCUGCAUCUCUUCAGCAUCCGCCAUCCUGCUCAUCCUCGCCAUCACCCUCUGCGUGUUCUGCAAAACAAACAGCAGGACUGACUACAAGAAGCGAGAGUCUGUCUCGGCCUUGACAGCUCUGAUGCAGGAACCCACCUCUCUGCAGCUGAAGAAACCAACAGUGACAGAAAAGGACAGCAAAGAAUACGCUCAGCUGGUCAGUUACUCCAUCGUCAUUGACGUCAAGAGUACAGUGUGAAGAUAAGGAUGCUUUCUGUACCACUUUCAGCUUACAUUGUGCACAAACGAUAGAUGUGAAGGCUUUCCGGAACUGCAGCAAUAUUUUUUUAAGUGACUGUAGCAUUUAAAGUGAAACUGUAUAAAUACUGAAAUGUGAGUUUUUAAUUAGAUUGGCAUUAAUGAUUUUAAAAGCAGGAAUUUUGCACUUUUUUCUCCUACUUGAAUUUUUCAUUCUGUCGUACACACGCUGUAUUUUCAGGGAUUUUUUUUUGUAUUGCUCAAUAAAACCAUUCAAAUGUA